GAUUUCCGUCCCCAAGAUGGCAGACGGGGAGCAAGCAGAACUGUAAGGAAAUUAUAUUGAUCCUAUUGUGUACCCCAUGUUUCACGAUCCAGAAGUUAACAUCUUUUUUCGAUGGUAUGCGAAUAUUAUGUACUGUCUAACAUUACAUUAACUAAUUGGUAGUCUUUUGUAAAUGUUUUCUACUAAAUUAGGUUAAACAAGCAAACUCAGGACACAGAAACCAGACGACCAGAUGGUCACAUUUAGAAAAUGAACCAAAGGAGGUCUGCUGGUUCAGUUGGAUUAGUUGAAAUAAAAGCAGAAAAAAGCAAUUCCCUAAAACAACAUAAGGAUAUGAUUCGACUCAUCGCCUUCUGUAAAGAUGCGUUGGAAAAUCAAAGCAGUAAAAACUCCAUAAUUACAGUACAAGUUGUUGGUAAGAGUUGCAGGCUGAUAAAAAGUUUUUAACUUUUCUUGUAAUCUACCGCACCAUUUCUCGUGACGU